AUGCCUUCUCAGAGCAUCAAGACAGUGCUGGUGGGCGCCGCUGCCCUCCUCCUCUGCUGCAACACCAGGCUGGCCCAGGCGCAGCGGAAGUACGUCCUCCACGACAACUUCGACAGCUCAAACUUCUUCAACGAGUUCAGCUUCUUCGACCAGCCAGACCCCACCCAGGGCUCGCAGAUUUACACGAGCGCCGUGACGGCCAACAACAGCGGCCUCGCGGGCUACGCCAGGGGCGGCAUCUAUCUCGGGGUCGACUCCAAGACCAAGGGUCAGGGCCGCCAGUCGGUGAGGGUCACGUCGAACAAGGCCUUCGACACGGGCUUGUUUGUCGCUGACAUCCAGCACAUGCCGACUAGCAGUUGCGGAGUCUGGCCUGCCUUCUGGAUGUUUGGUCCCAACUGGCCCAACUCGGGUGAGAUUGACAUCAUCGAGGGAGUCAACACCCAAGAGUCCAAUUCCGUGACCCUCCACACGGGCCCGGGCUGCAGCAUCACCAACGACGGCACCAUCGCCUCCACCACCCUUAAUGGGAAGGACUGCAACGCCGACAGCGCCUCGACGGGCUGCGGCCAGUCGACGUCCAGCAACCAGAACUACGGCGACGGCUUCAACGCCAUCGGUGGCGGUGUCUACGCCGUCGACUUCAACUCCCAGGCCAUCUCAGUGUGGUUCUUCCCACGCAGCGCCAUUCCCGGCGAUAUCAGCUCGGGCAACCCAACCCCGUCCUCCUGGGGCCAGCCCCUCGCCAAAUUCAACGGCGGCUCCGGGUGCGACAUACCCUCGCACUUCAAGCAGCAGAAUCUCGUCUUCAACACGGCCCUGUGCGGUGACUGGGCCGGUAAAGUGUGGGAGCAGAAUGCCGAGUGCACCGCGCUCGCGCCUCAGUGCUCCGACUACGUCGCGGCCAACCCGCAGGCCUUCACCGAGGCGUUUUGGCUCAUCAACUCGGUAAAGGUCUACCAGGCCGACGGCGGGGCCAGCGCUUCCGCCCCCGCCACUGCUCCAGUUGGCGUGCCGACGGCUCGGCCUUCGGCCCCGAUUCCGGGUGUCCCGGGCGUCUCGGCCAUCCCUGGAGCACCUGGUUACUGA